AAUAACUGUUGUUGAGCUUGAGCUUGUGUUUUUUGCUGGGGGAAGAUGUUGUCUGUGAAAUCAAUGUUCGCAGCAAACAACGAGGAGAUAAAAGAAAGAGUAUUAAUCUGUUUUUGAGAGAAACAGUUUUCUGUCGAAAGUGGGGACUUCUCUUUUUGAAACCGAGGCUGAAAUUCUUUUAUUUUUUGCAAAAACACUGAUGUCUGUUCAGAGCGACGAGAACGCGAUGGGUGAGAGGGUUUUUUUUCUCGUCAUAUACAGAGAGAAGAUGACCAUGAAUCGUUUUUUUGUCAAAAAUGUGACAGACCAAAGCCGUAGAUCUGCUGCGGAAAAGUUUUUACACCUUCCACCCUCGUCUUGUUUUGAUUUAAUCUUGGCUACAUCUGUAGUUUUCAAUUUUUUUCUUCUUUGUUUGUUCAUCUCAACCUUUAACAAGCGUCAACACAUCUUUACCUCAACUUCAAACAUAGAACGAAAGCAAACCGGCGUAAAAGCAAGAAGGAUCGAUACAUAGAUUCUACUUGUAUACAUCUACAACUUCUUACAUUUCAUCCUACUCGUCGUGAAGAGGUACACCUUCUAAAGUUCCACAAAAAAAAUGGAUCAAAUCAUCGUUGUCGGCGGUGGCCUUGCGGGCCUCUCUGCGGCCCACACUGCUAUGGAGCGCGGUUCCCGUGUCAUCUUGAUCGACAAGAACCCGUUCAUGGGUGGCAACUCGACCAAGGUAUUCUUGUUGACUACAUCAAUGAACUUAAAGCAUCUCUUCGUCCAACAUUCGAAUUUGUAAUCAAAAAUCAAAAAUCACACUCAUUCUCAUGCUCAUCACAACCAACUGAACAGGCCACGUCCGGUAUCAACGGCGCUGGUACGCGCACACAGCGUGCGAAGGGUGUCACCGAUGGCCCAGAGGUGUUUGAGGAAGACACCAUCCGAGGUGGCGCUAAGAGCAAGGAGCAUGCCAAAGUGUUGACCUGGGAGUCGGGUCCAGGCGUCGAGUGGCUCAUCGACAACUUCGGUUUGGAUUUGAGCCUUGUCUCUCGAUUGGGUGGUCAUUCGCAACCCAGAACUCAUAGAGGUACUUCUUAAGUAGUUUUUUGCUUGCUUUUGCUUAUUUGAAGAUUAAGAGGUGGCUCUUCUAUACAGCAGCAAGAAGUAGAUCAUCAUUCUAGUAUAGAAGCAAGAUGAAGCACUUAGAUCAUCUUCAUCAACUACUUACAAAAAUGAAGACCAAUUUACUACUCCUUCCUCCAGUGAAAGAUUCCCUGGUAUUAAUAUGCUGGCUCUAUCUUACGUUUAGUAAGCAUAAGCUAACCUCUAUAGAAAUAAGGUAUAACGAGGACAGCCCUCUAUCCUCUAUCAUUUUCUUCUUCUUUCUUCUAGGUGGGCAAAAAUUCCCCGGUAUGACGAUCACCUUCGCUUUGAUGGAAAAAUUGGAGGAAAUCGCUGAGAAACAGCCAGAGAAGGCCCGAAUCAUGCUGAAGGCUAAGAUGACGAAACUGCUCAAGGACUCCAAGGGCCAGGUAAACGGGGUCGAAGUCGAGGUUGGUGGCAAAACUAUCCAAGAGUUCGGUCCAGUCGUCUUAGCGACAGGUGGUUAUGGUGCGGACAACACGUCGGAUUCGAUCUUGCACAAGCAUCGUCCGGACCUGGUGAAUAUGCCGACGACUUGUGGUAUUCAUGUGUCUGACUGCUCUAGAUCUAGUACGUGAUAAGACUAAUAUGAUAAGACUUUUGUCCGUCCUUCGGACCGUAAGCUUGAAAUUGAAUUCACAGACAACAUCAUGUUUUUUUUCAACAUCGUUACUUAAGACCAGCACGACUACAACAAGUGCACUCUCGUUCUUCACAUCUUCAUUCAACAUAAUAUUACAUACAGGUGACCACUGCACCGGUGACGGUAUUAAGUUCGCCAUGCGCGAUGCUGGUGCAGAUGCUGUCGACCUCAAGUGGGUCCAGGUCCACCCGACUGGCCUCGUCAACCCCAAGGAACCCGAUGUCAAGGGAAAAACUCUUUUCCUGGCAGCGGAGGCCCUUCGUGGGUGUGGUGGUAUCCUCCUCGAUGCCAAUGGACAUCGAUUUGCCAAUGAGUUGGGCCGACGUGACUACGUCUCCGGGGAGAUGUUCAAGAACAAGGGACCCUUUCGUCUCUGCCUGAACAGCAAAGCCAGUGAAGAAAUUGCGUGGCACUGCAAGCACUACAAGGGACGCGGCUUGAUGAAGCAGUACAAGAGUAUGCACGAUCUGGCGAAGGAGAUGAACAUCGAUGUCAACGAAAUCAAGAAGACAUUCGACGAACAUAACGAGUACUAUUUACUGGCUAAUUUGUUUCAUCUUAUGCUCAUCUGUGUCCUAUCCGAAGAGAAGCGAUACGAGUAGCAAUCAACUGAUAGGUUUUCUUCAAUUUGAAGUAACACUCACAACGAAGUGAUGAAUCAAUUUGAAGUAACACUCACAACGAAGUGAUGAAAAUUCAAAAAUCACUCAAACUUUUCAUCUAAGUACCUCGAGGAAAAACCUCUCCUAGUACAACUACAAGUAGAAACAUCAAAGAACAUCAACAUCUUCAAAUCUAAAACAGUGUCGAAUCCAAGCAAUUGGCUAAGCCAAAUGACGGUCCAUUUGAGGCCUAUGGUGGUGGCAAGAGCUGGGACAAGUGGGGAAAGAAGUUCUACCACAACGGUCCGAACAGCGUCGAUGAUAGCUACCAUGUCGCUAUCGUGUGCCCAGUCGUGCAUUACACAAUGGGAGGAAUGAAGGUAAUACUAACUGUAGUACUAACAUUGCUUUAUCGAUACUUCUUAACUUGUGGCACUGGAGGCUACAAGACCAAGAUUGUAGUGAUACUACGAUAAUUACCACCUGCCUAACGCAAUACUUCAACUGAAAAAGAAAAUCAUGCAUCAAGAGACAACAGGAAAUGAGUGGUCCUCUUCAUCAUGUUCCUCCACUCCUACUUUACUACAGGUCACCCCAGACGCCGAAGCGCAGACCGCGGAUGAUAAGGUCGUUCCAGGGUUGUUCGGUGCAGGUGAGGUCAACGGUGGUAUCCAUGGUGAGAACCGUCUCGGUGGUUCUUCUCUGUUGGAUUGCGUUGUCUACGGUCGCGUUGCCGGUCGCAGUGCGGCUAAGUACCUCAUGGAGCACAACAUCGAUGCCAUUCGGGCAAAGAUGUAAGGAUGUUGAGGUAAGGCUAGGACAACAUCGUUCGAGCAAAGAUGUAGGUCUACGCAGUUUUUAAGACAACAACAUGAUGAUGUUCAUGAUUUACUCGAGUAUCUAUACCUUUUUAUGGGAUUUUGUUUGAGGAGAAAUUCAAAUUGAAAUAUAAAGUACAGGUUAUAGUCAGCAGAGGGUCACGUUUAUGUCAAAAACAAAAUUUAUUAUCGAAGUCCUCGUAAUUGUAUAUUUAAUUUAUUUUCAUUCACAACAAAGAAUUUUCCAGCACAACAAAUAACAACACCAACUUAGCAGGAUUAGAAGGUUUAUGUAUUCCUAAGACUAACAAACAAACCGCUUUUCCUACAACUUCUUGGUUCUUUCUAAGGAUGAGCCUCUGUUUUUCAUUUUUGGGCACUGCUUGUACAAGGAGAUUUCUCGGUGUGUGUGGCGACUUUGUCAAGUUGAGAAAUCCGCUUGUACUAGUUCAGCCCCUUCUCUGCAUGUGCAGAGAAGUACAAGAUUGGCAUGAAGGAGUCUCAUAUUAAUAGCAGGGUUCGACUCCGGCUUAGUGUCUGUGUCUUCUACCUGAUAUUGAACAAGCACAAGCAUGGUGCAUCGUGGAAAAGAAAACUGUACAAAAAAUUUACCAUCCUAAUUCAGUAAGAAGUUUUUACAUAUUGUCUAAGGUCAAUCAAUUUGUCAUUGGAUUUAUCCUCAUUUUGAACAAUUAUCAUUUGUUGGAGGAACAUAGCAAAAGACUGCGGAAAAAAGGGGUCAUAUUUAUUUGUAAGUACUUUGAGACUACACGACAUGAUCAGGUCCUAUAAAGUUUUUGUCCUUGCAUACGGCCUCUCAAGGAGCCGCAACCUACAACGCACUACCAGUGGCCGUUGUACGGUAACAUUCAUGUGACGUGUAGUACGCAAAGGAUACAUGCAGCAGGAAAAUGAAAACGCACAAUUUUCCAUUUAUGCAAGUAGUUCUACUAUGCUCUUUUUAGAGGAGCAUCGAUAGAUUCUGCAUUUACAGGAUAAGCCUAUUUACACUUCGAUAAUGAAUAGACCACUACUCAGAAACUAACAUCUUCAACAUCCAUUUGAUAAAGGUCUUUGCCUGAUGAAAAAUGUGAUGGAAUGCUUAAUUCAGGGAUGCAGAACACAGUCAGGCAACUUGUUAUUGUCCAGAUAUCUUAGAUCGUAGAAGCCAUCUACUUCUAGCAUAAUGACAGGGGGAAAUAAUUUAGGUAUAAUAUCAAUUGAUUGAUCUUGAUGUGACAUAAUCAUUCUUCUAAGUUCUUUUGAUAUGCACUAACUCUUCCAUACAGUCGCUCUCCACCAAAGGGAAAGAGGAGGCAAAUCAUGUCAACGAGAUCCAUUUUCCUCUACCACACAGAAAAACAACCAGAAACACAUUAUUGACAAACCAAUCAGAAUCUCAGUCCUUAACAUUUUCAGGGUGUCUGUCACGACAGACACUCACAGUUCAAGUUUAUCUGGCAUAGAAAAGACUGCUCAUAGGCAUUUUCCUGACCCUGUCCGAGAGG